UUUUAUUUGAAAGCACGGGAUUAUAGCAACCAGAACCUGUUAUAUUACACCUGCACUCUACAAAGAACAGCAUUGAGUAGCUUGAUUGAAUCCUAUACCAGAAGUUAUUAAGAGUACAAUAAAUAUUUAUGCAAAUACUGCACUUAAUAUUUGCAACAAAACAUGCUCUUUUAAACGACUACAGCAAAAAAAUAAUUAAUUAAAAAAAUAAUAAAGAACUCUGCCCCACUGUCCCAAUACAUCUAGAGGGCUGUGUAUGCACUUAAGAGCAUAACAGUUUUUUAGAUUAUUUUUUUCUUCUCCUUCUUUUAAAGUAUUGAUGUAUCAGAAUCAGAAUCAGAAUCAGAAUGCCUUUUAUUGUCAUUAUACGCAGUACAAUGAGAUUAAAGCCACCCAUGUCAGUGCAAGACAUUGUAAAAAAGAAAAAAAAAAUAUAGAAAAAUAUGGAACUAGAUUAAUAUGAAGUAUAUACAAUGUAAAUGUGUGGACCUGAGAUUCUUUUGAAAGGAUAAAUAUGGUACGGAUGUGCAUAGGUGUAAAUAUGUAACAGUAUAAAAUCUAAAGUGCACAGUUCUGAGAUCCUAUUAGCAGAAUAAAUAUGGUAAAUAUACAGAAAUAACAUAAAUGUAAUGUGCAAAUGAAUCUAUAUUGUCCUUCAGUGAUUUGGAGUAUUGCACAUGUUAAGGGAAAAAGAAAUAGAAAUAUGACACAAGAAUAGUAUGAGGUAAAUACAAUGUAAACAUCUGGACCUGAGAUUCUUUUAACAGAAUAACAGAAUAAUUAUGGUACAGAUAUGCAUAGAUGUAGAAUGUAACAGUAUAAAAUAUAAAGUGCACAGUCCUGAGAUUCCUGUUGACAGAAUAAAUACAGUGAAUGUACAGAAAUAGCAUAAUGUAAUGAGCAGAUAAGUGUAUAUUGUCCAUUCAGUGUUUUAGAAUAUUGCACAUGUUUUUAGGUAUUGCACAAAGGGAGGUCAGUGCAUGUUGGAGUUCAGCGUGGUUACGGCUUUUGGAAAGAAGCUGUUUUUGAGUCUGUUAGUCCUGGCCCUAAUGUUCCUGUAGCGGGCAAACAGGGCAGAGCCAGGGUGGGAACUGUCUUUGGAGAUUGCCUUGGCUCUGCUGAGGCAGCGGGAGGUUUAGAUGUCUUCCAGGGAGGGGAGAGGACGGCCGACGAUCUUCUGAGCUGCCUUAACAACUCUCUGCAGCCUCUCCCUGUCAGCAGCGGUGGAGCAGCCAUACCAUACAGUGAUGCAGUAUGUCAGCAGGCUUUCGAUGGAUGAACGGUAAAAGGUCAACAGCAGGUCGGAGUUGAGGUUGUGCUUCCUGAGGACUCUCAGGAAGUGUAGCCGCUGCUAAGCCUUUUUGAAGAUGGAGGUGAUGUUCUCUGACCAGGAGAUGUUAUCAGAGAUAAGGACGCCGAGAUACCUAAAGGUGUGGACCCUCUCCACACGCUCGCCGUUGAUGUGAAGGGGGACUGGAUCAGUGCUGUGCUUCCUGAAGUUGAUGAUGAGCUCUCUGGUCUUCUUGGUGUUCAGAGCGAGGUUGUUCUCUGAGCACCAUUCUACCAGCUUCAGGACCUCCUCACUUUAAGCAUCCUCGUCACCCCUGGAGAUGAGUCCGACCACUGUAGUAUCAUCAGCAAACUUGAUGAUAAGGUUGUCGUUGUGGGCCGGUCUGCAGUCGUAGGUGUAAAGGCAGUAGAGGAGGGGGCUCAGCGCGCAGCCCUGUGGGGAGCAGAUGCUCAGCAUGCGGGUGGAGGAGAGGUGCGGGCCAAGUCUUGCAAGAACCAGCACCAGCAGCAAAGCUUUUCAGGGCAAUUGUUGUUGCUCUGAUGUAAUAAAAAAGUAAUUAAACUGAAAUAGGCAAAAUAAAAUGUACUAAUACUAAUAAAGAAGUCACAAGAGGGGGGUGGGGGUGGGGCUCUAAAAUCAGAUUUUUCCUAGGGCACCAAAAUAGCUAGAAACGGCCCUGUCUGUUAGUCCAGUAAGAGUUAAGUAUAAACAAAAAAUGCCUGGAGAUGGGAGGGAAGAUCAUUAGUGCCACUAAAAGCAUGGAGCAGUUCAAAUUCAUUGCGAUCGCAGCACUGUAUGUUUUGUUUUAUUGGUGUGUAACUGACCCUAGUUUUCAUCAAUGAGGGUUGUGAAAGAGGCAGUUACGUAUGAUGCCUUCAGGUACCCUGGGAUACAUUUUCUGUUACUGUAUUUUUCUAACAUUUACCAUCAAAUAAAGCAAGUUCUAUGUUUUAUACGGCAACCUUGCUGGUGGAAAACGUAUCAAUGAUCCUUUUAUAAUUGAAUUUCUUCCACAGCUGCAGUUUAGAACAUCCGUGUGCCACUUAUUUUUGUUAAUAUUCUAAUGAACGAGCAUUGUACAAGAAAUUGAAGGCAAAAACCAUGACGCAGUCCAACGUAUCUUACGUCCCGUAAGAGCGUGUGGAGGGCGUACCUCUCCCUUACAUACCGGACAGAGGAGACAAAACUGUGCUGUCGGGUAUCGGGUUAGGUCUGUGGUGUUUUUACUGCUGUAAACUUCGAAAAGUCACAAAGAUGUCGGCGGUUUGCUUUGCCUUGAGUCGAAACGUUUUGGCUAUCAGGAGUUCUGGCUCCAUGGUGGUAAGUAGACUGCAGGACCCUUUUCAGUAUAUUAAUAUCUGUGAUUCGUUGGCAACUAUAGCUACGCGUAGACUAUAGUUGAACAAAUUGGUACUGAAGUUUGUUUACUGACUAUUAUUACGCGACGCCACACGUAAUUAUGUUAAAGAAUGUUUUGCUCUGUCAAAUUGUUGUUUUUGUUAUUAAACGACCUGUGGUCAAACCACCCUGUUCCAAGUCUAUAAGUACCCUACACGUGUGUAAUAAAUGUCACAGGAUAUUGUUACAGACUAGCAGCCUCACGGCUAAGUGUGAAAGGAAAUAGCAGAGAUCUACUCGAAGUAAAAAUAUAAUAAUGUUUUGAUACUCACACACUACAAUAAACGCCCGUUAAGCCUGAAAGUCGAACUGUCAUACAACACCACCCUGCGUUAAUAACUUAUUAUAACCAGAUUCCUUUCAGUGAGGAUACACAUAUACUUACUGACGCCUCAAAACUGUCCAAAAACAUUGAAAUUGUCACUCUUAAAUAAGUCUUUCAUUGUCCUUAAAGAGUCAGUUAGGUAACCGGUUGUUUAACAGUGAUGUAACACUGUGAUGUCAGUUCAUAUAAACUACCACUAGAGGGAGACGUUACAGCUUCCUAUGAGAAAGGAAUAAAUAGCGAUACACUGCAAAUUUACUUUAAAAUGAUCCUAUUUAUUUGAGAGUGAUGUUUUUGAAAGAAAUUGCAUUUACAUUUAUUGUGACUUAAAAUCUGAAUGAUAUUUUAUCUGCUUAAAUUUUAGUAUUCUGCAUAUUUCUUUCAUGAUUUAUAGACAGUCAUUUGUUUAUUUACCCUUGUACUGAGUAUGAAUUGGUAAACCUUAUAGCCUUGUUAAAAUAGAGUGCCAUUACUGUAGUUGUGUGCAUACGUGUGGUAGUGCCAGUGGUAACCUCUGGUGACAAGGGCUGGAAUUACCAAGAGCUUCCUAUUUUAGCUUUGGUUCAACUGAGUAACAGCAAGGUCACCCUUUGAAUUUGUAGCCCUUGCUUUUUAUGCUCUCAGUUUCAUCCAUGCCAUGUCAAGAAUGAAGCCCACUGUCAACUCCACAUUCGUUGCUUUUGGAUUCAUAUUGUGAAAUUCACUGUGUUUGGUAUCACUUGUGCAACAGAUGGUUCGGUACGCUCAGACUGCUGCUGCUCCCGCUCCUGAGCCCAGGAUCAAGAAGUUCCAGAUUUACCGCUGGGAUCCCGAUACAGCUGGAGACAAACCCCGAAUGCAGACUUAUGAAAUUGACCUCAAUGCGUAAGUCAAGAAGUCAAGACUGUGUCCACCAACAGAGCAUUGUUGUCACUCUUACCAAUAUUUGAUCAAUGUCCUAACCCUCUGGUUUAUUCUUGUUUACAUAGCUGUGGCCCAAUGGUUCUUGAUGCCCUCAUUAAGAUCAAGAAUGAGAUUGACCCUACACUCACGUUCAGACGCUCCUGCAGGGAGGGUAAGAAGCAAAUCCUGUUAAACAUAUGUCAAGGAAAAUAACUGUCAUUCAGAUGAAUUUGAAUGAAACGUGUCCAGAGGUUUGAGCGUUGUGAAUCUAACAAUAUAUCUCCCUUUUUCUCCAGGUAUCUGUGGGUCAUGUGCAAUGAACAUCAAUGGAGGCAACACACUGGCGUGUCUUAACAAAAUUGACACCAACAUAAGCAAACCAACCAAAAUCUACCCACUCCCUCACAUGUAUGUGGUGAAAGAUCUGGUGCCAGUAAGUAUCAUGAGUCCAUGAAAUGGAUGUCUGCGGCCAUAUUUAAAGCUCCUUGAAGAGGCGGAGGAGAUUUGAAACAGAUUUAAACAAACUUUGAAGCCUUUUUAUGGUAUACAAAAGCACAAAUCUCUUGAUGGUUGUCAAUACAUUAGAUAUUCACCACUAUUAAAUAAUCUUCAAUUUUGUCUACUGCAAACAAAAAAACAUGUAUUUGGUCAAUUAGUCCUUUUUCGGGUGAGAAGGUUUGUGACUGAAUGAAACUUUCCUAGUGGGGCUGGAGUGCUGUCUGUCAUAAGAGCUGUUAUGUAGUCAUAGACAAGGAAGGAGAUUCACUGCAUCCGCUUGUCUCCCAUUACAUAGGACACAUUGAGCCAUCCUUUAAUAGAGGCAGGACAAAAAAAUGACCCAAAAUACUUGGUUACCAGUUGUAUUUAAGUUUUGGGCCUCUCAACUGUGCAUGGCAACAGAAAAUCAAUAUGAUGGCAGUAGAUUUGAAGCCAUCUUUAAGUUAAUGAAGGAAGUAAAGUUGAUAUAAAAUGUAUUAUAUAACUAGAUUGGAUAAUAACUAACACAUCAAACAAAACAGGAGAAAUCCCUUAUUGUAAAUACAGUGAAAUAGUUUUUCACUUUGAUGUGGCUGCAUUGAUAUCAUGGUAAGACCACACUGAGCUUCUCUGUUUUCUAUGUGUUAAAAGAUUGUAGUUUAUUUAGACACUUAUAACAUCUGCCUGUUGUAGGUGCUGUAAGAAUUUCUUUUUCACUAGACUUUUGGUUUUACUGGUCACUCAAAAGUGAGGCUACCUAAAUUAUGUUCAAUUUUUUUGUAUUUUUGUAAAUCAGUUUAAGACAGAGCAUGAUGGUGACUCAAAGGUGUAAAAUAGCUUUAAAUUGAAGUAGGGCUUGCUGAAUCAUUUGGGGCUUUAAUUGGUUGUUUGAGUGCUUGUAUUGAUUUUUUUCUUGUGUUUUUGUCUUCAUCAGGACAUGAGCAACUUCUACGCACAGUACAAAUCGAUCGAGCCCUACCUGAAAAAGAAAGAUGAAACACAAGAAGGGAAGGAGCAGUAUUUCCAAUCAGUGGAGGACAGACAGAAACUGGUGAAUAAACCCAGUUCUUACUUUAAAAAUGAAUGAUCUUGUAGAUGCUGCAGAAGAGGUCUUAACCGUCAUCAUCUUGACUGAUCAUCCUCGCUGUCUUUUGCUAACAUUUUUAAGUUUUACUAAUCCAGAUACCACACUUUCAUAGUUAUCAUCGUGAUUUUCUGUUGGAGUCUUAAUUACCACAGAGACUGUGAGAAUAACCUCCUCCUCUCCUCCUCUCCUCCUCUCCUCCUUACAGGAUGGCCUGUAUGAGUGCAUCCUCUGUGCCUGCUGCAGCACCAGCUGUCCCAGCUACUGGUGGAACGGGGACAAAUACCUGGGACCUGCUGUUCUCAUGCAGGUGGGUACAGACAGUUAGAGGACAUCUCUCAAUCAUAAUUAAAUCAUUUAGAGAAUGAAAUUUGUAAAGAAAACAUGAGUGGGUUUUGAGGUGCGACUCAUAUUAAGUUGAGCCAGAGGGUGGAGCCAAAGCAAAGGCUAGGCUGUUAAUAUUUAAUCAGAUUAUCCUCUGGUUGGAUGACGUCUUGUCAAACUCAAACUCCCAGGUAGUCUUAAUCAGCCUCAGCUGUGCUCACCUGAGGCUGCGGCUGUUCUUUGAGUGCUAUGCUUAUGUAAGAGUUUAAACCAACUAUUUUAGUGUGCCUGUUAAAGAGAGCACGCUCUCCAGUGUGAUGAUUUUAAAAGACUUGAGAUGUUAUUCAACUUCCUGGAUAGUCUUAUAAAAUAUGCUUGAAAAAUGUGAACAUAUCAGUUCAGUAAACUAUCCUGUUCACAGUGAAAUUUUGAAAGAAAUUUCAGAGUCAUGAAUUUCAAAAGUCUGAACAUUAAGGUAUGAGAGCUCCUGCAGAGACAAGUCUGUUCUCAGAUUUCAUGAUGAGCUAUUAAUCGUGUCCAGAUGUUUUACUGUGAACACUUUGACUUAUUUACUUUUACACUAUAAAAAAUAGAAGUAAAAAACUUCUUAAUGAUGCAGAUGAUAACUCACAACUGUGCUUUUAUCCUGCAGGCAUACCGGUGGAUGAUUGACUCCCGGGAUGAAUUCACUGAGGAGCGUCUGUCAAAACUUCAGGAUCCCUUCUCUCUCUACCGCUGUCACACCAUCAUGAACUGCACCAAGACUUGCCCCAAGGUACUCAAACAGGUUCACACUCCUAUAUUUCUGCAGACUUAGGUUUUGGUUUCUCACUGUCUGUCUGAUUUGCUGCCCCACAGGGACUGAAUCCAGGAAAGGCCAUCGCAGAGAUCAAGAAAAUGAUGGCCACUUAUAAAGAGAAGAAAGCUGCAGCUUCAUGAACAUCUGCAAACAAAGCUCACUCAAGAUCUGCUAAUAUUAUCAUUAACUCAGACAAAGAGAGGAGAAAGGCCAGCCUGGUUUUUCUUUCCUCAAUCAGCACCUUUUAUCAUUUUCAUUAGAGUGUGAGAGAGGUGAGUGGACAAGUGUGUGUGAGAUUGUGGGAGAGAGCAGGAAAUGUAAAGGUGUGCUCAAAGAAGGUGCUGAAAGACUGUAAAGAUUUUUAUUUCAAAUGAUGGAACAUGUUGGACCACGUUUCUUCUGUUCUUCUGCACAGUGAAGAUACCAGGCCCUGCUGCAUGUACUAUGGAAGAAACACUCAUGAACAACUGUAAAUAUUUAAGUAUGUGUUCAUUAAAAUGUGUUGUGCUCAUCAGGGAAUUGUAUGUAUGCGUUUUGACCUUGACAUGAUGUUUUUCAGGCUCACUUUUAACACACUUGUCAUGUUAACAUUUACUUUAUAUCAUAUUUAGAUUCUUAUAUAUAAAGUAUUACAAUAAGAUCUUACCACAUGACUGGCAAUAAAAAGUAAAUUGAUUCUAGCUGAGACAGACAAUAAGAUGAAAUAUAACCCACCUGAUAAAUUGUGAAAGAGGAAAAAGUUUGACUGAAAUAAAAAGAGUGUGUUUGGUACCAACGAAUGCAAAUAUUGUCAUAAUGAUAACAAGGACCAGGUGUAAGCCUCAGAGAACAUGUCAGGUGUGUCCUGUGCUAAAUAAAUCACAUGACUCAUGAAGCAAA